GAACAUCGACCAGAUUUUCUCCCAUUAUUUUGUAAUGGCGUCUUCUUCCACGGUGCAUCUCACGCGAGACGUCUCGUAGAAAGAGAACUCCCGAACGUUUUCACGCGAAGUCUGAGGCAAAAGGGAAACAAAGAUAUUCUGUGGAGAGAAAGACAUGUAGCCCUACCAUUCCUACAAUGCAGCAGGGGUCUGUUUUAUUGUUUUAAAAGUUUGAAGGCGCUCUUAGAACAGACUUCAACAUGAAGACAUUCAUAUUCCUCUGCAGUAUUGCAUUUGGUCUGUAUAUCCAUUCUGGGGAUGCCAUUUACUGUGCCUACUACCCAGCCGAUAAUCAGAAUGACCCCAUGAACCCCAGCCAAGAUGAGGUGAUGGGGGUCAUCCAACCGGACAAUGUCACCAUCUACUGUCCAGAGGAGAAUGACAGAUGCUAUUCUUUCUGGUACACUCAUCCCAACUAUGAGAAUGAAAUCCUCAUCCAGAAGCAAGGAUGCUGGGGGAAUGAAGCCAAGUCUCUGAACUGUAACCAGGAGAACUGCACCGCCCACAGCAAGCCCAGUGAGUACCUGGUCCGAACCAAGAACCAGACCAGUAGGAUCUGCUGCUGUGCAGGAGACUACUGCAAUAGGAACGUGUCCGAUGCAUACGUUCCCCUGCCCUCCACAAAGCCAACAGUCACUCAGUACAAAGUGAUCUCAGACCAGAUGAAUCACGAAAUGGAGAGAACCAUCCUCAUUGCGGUCAUCCCAAUCUUCUGCGUCUCGGUUGCCAUAGCAAUCAUGUACUUCAUCUUCCGCAUGAGGCUGCGCUCCACCAAGGCUCAGAUGAGCCAACUGCCCAUGAUAGAGGCACCUCCUCCAGAGCCGACCUUUGACCUUGACCAGCUGAAAAUGAUGGAGCUUGUUGGGCAAGGAAGAUAUUGCAAUGUGUACCGAGCUGCACUCAGUGAGAACGAAGUCGCCGUGAAGGUGUUCACCGGUUCCUCCAAGCAGUGCUACAUGAACGAGCUCGACAUCAUGGGCCUGCCCCACAUGGAGCACUCCAACCUUCUCCAGUAUGUGGGAUCCGGAGACCGCAUGGGAGAGGAUGGCUGGGUGGAGCAUCUCCUGGUGGUGGAUAUGAUCUCCAAGGGAUCCCUCAUGUCGUACCUGAGGGAGAAUACCUACGACUGGCACACCAUGUGCAGGCUGGCUCAGACCACUGCUGCGGGAUUGGCACAUCUACAUCAGGUCAUAGACACUCAAGUUGGCCUAAAACCAGCAGUAGUUCACCGCGACAUCAACAGUCGCAACGUGCUGGUGAAUGCAGAAGGAAACUGCGUCAUCGGUGACUUUGGGUUCGCUAUGCAGGUCUGUGGAUCCAGUGUGGUUGGAGAGGGUGAUGGAGACAACAGCACCAUCACUGAUGUUGGCACGGUCCGCUACAUGUCUCCCGAGGUACUGGACGGUGCCGUCAAUCUGAGAGACUGUGAGUGUGCCCUCAAACAGGUGGAUGUGUACGCUCUAGGUCUAGUCGUCUGGGAGAUCGCUAUGAGGUGUAAAGAUCUCUAUCCCAGAGAUGAAAUGGGUAACUACCAGAUGCCUUUUGAGGAGCAAGUUGGGCUUCAUCCAACAUUUGAAGACAUGCAGAUCUUAGUCUCCAGGGAGAGAAAGAGGCCUCAAUUCCCUGAUGCCUGGAAACAGAACAGCCAAGCUUUGAGAAGUCUGAAGGAGACCAUAGAAGACUGCUGGGAUCAUGAUGCUGAGGCCAGGCUUACUGCACUGUGUGUUGAGGAGCGUAUCAUUGAACUGAUGGUUCUAUGGGACAAACACCGCAUGAUCAGCCCCACUAUCAACCCCACCACCCAGGGUAAUGCUAUCCCCACCCACACCAUGAAUGAGUAUACCACCCGGCCAACGGACAUCAUUUCUAGAGAGUAUCCAGGUAUCGCUCGACUCGCCGAUGGCACCAUGAUUGCGGUCAGAAGUAAUGGUCAGCCUGUGCUUGGUGCUGCCAGCGAGACAUCUGGUACUGCAAGUGAUACAAAGAACCAUCAUGGCCUUCAUUCAUCAGUGAGCAGUGGUUUGGAGAAGAAUGAGCGCCUGCGACUCAUGUCUCCAGGUACCAUCAGUACCAGCCUGUCCUCACAAUCAGACCUCAAUCUCAUCGACCUGACUGCAUCGGCUCCACCGGUUGACCCAAAGAACUUGCAUCAUUCUGAUGACAGCAUCGAGAGAUACACCACAGAUCUUAAGUAUGGUCCGCAACAGUCAGGACCUAAGUAUUGUGAUCAGUAUGGGUUUAGUGAGCCUUCCACCUCUCCAAGUCGGCCUCUGGUUGUGAAUGAAAUGAGGGCAGGGCUGAGCAAGGAUCAAAUGACAGACAAUCUCUCCCACGGUAUGGGCAAGCUCAAGAACAAAUCCUCAAGCAUGCCAUCCUGGAAUCAUAUAAAUGGAGUUGACCCCCGCUCACGUGGUGCCAACCAACCGGUCAACAUGGCCAAAUUGGACACUAACCUACAUCGCCAGCAAGCAAGGAGCGCUAGUCCCAAGCAGUCCAAUCAGAAUGGGUAUGAGGCAUCAGGAAGUUCUGGUGCCAGCAGUGAAGGGGCUGGUCCAAGUAGUAUCCCUAACAUGAACAUACGUCCCAACAGCUUACCCCUUCAGUCUACUCACAGGGGAUCCAAGAAGAAGCUGAUGGCUGUAUAUAACCCAAACACAGGUCCUACCACCAAAGUCCAGACCGGCAUUGCCAAGAUGGACAGCGUGGCACCUUCCUGCCACCAGGUCAAGAUGGCUGCCAACACACACAAGCAGCAGCCAACUCACAAUGCUGUUGAAAAGCUACGUAAUGGAAACGUGGGAAAUCUAGAACCAGAAGCGGACCGCCCUCACUCAUGGGCUUGCGAUAGUUCGUCUGGUAGUGACCGUUCACACGAGAUCGACCGCAAAAACGGCAACGCUUGUUCAGGCUCUGCAUCAUGUAUAGCGAAAGGAGAUAAUGGCAAACGGAAGGUUACUCCUUUCCGACUCCUCACUGAGAAACUGUCGAUCCACAAAGGAAAGGACAAGAAAGAGCCCAAGGAUCAAACUGAUUGCAAUGGAGUAAAUAAUCGUAAUCCUGUAGAACUAAACGUGAACAACAAUGCAAGGGCAAUGGCUCCUCAGACACUAGCCAAUGGUAGUGACAAUGACUCUGUUGCAUGCUCAGACCUGAGCAAUGGACAUGCUGGUGUAAGUCUUAAUGGUGAUGCCUAUCCAUUGAAUAGUAAACUAGUCAAUGGCAGUGCAAAGCUACAAGCUAACUUUGAAUUAGAAUGUGUCUAAUUGAUUUGAGGGUGGACCUUCAGCUGUACAAAAUAAUGCUACUAAUAAUAGACAUGUACUUAUGACAUAUAGCCACUGUUUGUUUUCACUGAAAAUCAUCCAUAUUUUUAAAACAUGCUUGGACAUUGUGGAUAUAUCAUUUGCAUAUGAAUUUGAUUAUUGGCUGAUCAAUGCACAAGCUUUUUUGCAGUGAUUAAUAUACUUCUUUUGCAUUGCAUAUAUAGUACUCAUGUAAAUAUGCUUUUGUAGGUGUUACAUAAACAAAGACAUUUAUGAAAUAUCCCAUUUUAACUAUUGAUUAAUUUAAUUUUAUGUACAUGUACAUGUAAUAUUUACAAAAUGUAUUUACUGAAAUCUGUGAUAUAUGUCUCUUUUUUCAAUAUUAUUAUGAAUAUGUAUGUGGAGGGAAAAAGGUGUUAUUGGAUAAAAUGUGCAUUGCACAUUUUAUUCCUAGGGCUUUGCUCUAUCUGGGAUUCGCGUCAGUUUUCAAAUACGUAGCUUAGAGAUUUCUUUGUUAUAUUAUAUUCUGUACCAUAAGUGUAUGUCUUAGUCAUGGUGAUGUGUCUAUCGGGUUCUUGUUGGUGUGCUAUAAAAGCUUGUGUUAUUCGCUAAUUAUUUUAAAUUAACAUUGGAAACAUUAUUAUCCAUAGACUUGCAUACAUUCUUGAAGAUAUUGAAUGUAUACUAGAGCAUGAAGAACCUAGGACAAGGAUUAACAAAACAACAACAAAUACAUCUCAUUUUCUUUAUAUUACAUGGUAGAGGAGAACCCUAAAAAAAAUGUUAUGAAGGUCUUUUAUUAUUUUGUUUUCUUCUUUCUUUCAAAAAAUUGUAAUUUAAUUAGUUUUUUCCAUUUCAAUUUUUGUAUUUACUUGUUUUAAUUUGUGUUAUUUUUUGUUGAUGAUUUUAUAAAAGAGUGAUAUAGAUUAUUGUUCAAAUGUAUUAUCCAUUAUUGAUUUACAAAAUGUGUUCUAGUAUUACUUGUGUUUUAUCAUUUAAACCAGUCCAUGUCAUUGUAAAUAUGUCCAUAAAAAUGUGAAUUUUAUAUAGAAUAUGAUUAAAUACAAUUGUAUGAUGUUUUAAUAUGAAAAUGUACUAAAUUUGUUCAUAUAGUUUUUAUACCUCUUUUGUUUACUUGUUUUUAAUUUCACAAAUAUGUGAAUUUUGUAUAAAAGAUGUACUAAACUUGUUCAUAUUGUUUUGCAAAUUGAUUUCUUCCCCUUUUCUUUUUCCUUUUUUUAAAUUUUCCAUUUAUCUUAUGACUUAACUUUAAGAUCACAUCAUGUCAUAUGGUUUCUAAAGGGACUUGAUGUUUCAUUACGUUACCAUCUCUUGGAAGGUCUUCAAAUAUAUAUUAAUACUUGAGAUCAAUAUUUGUAAUAUUCUUCAUAAAUAAUCACAAUAAAAAAUUAUCAAAAAUUAUCAAAUAGAAUCGAACCUCUUUAAGUGCCAUGUACUGUGUUUUACUAGUAUCAUUGAUUGUCUUGUCACUAUGGUAUUAUUUUUUUUUGGAUAAUUUUCUUCAACAAAACUAAGUGAGAAAUAAUGCUCUCUUUAAUGUUACAUUUUUUCAUGUCCCUAGCAGUGUACGGAUUCUUCUUCUUUUUGGGGGGUAUUUAAAAAAAAGAUAUUCAAUAUGUUCCAUUUUUGUUGAAACACAACUGUUUGUUCAGAAUAACAGAGAUUUUAAUAUUCUAAAUUAUUAUUUUUAUAAAUCUUUUGUUUCGGGAAACAAUAUUCUACAAGAGUUUUUGAAUUUGUUAAUUUGAAAGAAAUACUGAUAUUGUGCAUUAUGAUGCAAGGUAGUUUUGAGUUGAAGAAAUAUGAAAUGUACAAAUAAUGUAUCUGGCAAUUUUUUGUUUUCUUUUGUUGUUGAAUAUAUGUAUAUUUUAUUGUCUUUAUUAGCUGUGUAUUCAUCAGCACAUUAUAAAGCAUACUGUAAUGCCUUUUCCAUUGCGAAAGCUUGUAAAAAUUGCAGCGACAUGUAUGUUACAAGCUACUGAAACUAUUGAAAAAUGUUAUGUCAACACCACUUACAAUUGUGCACAUUGAUAGUUACAAUGUAUCUACUAGCUUUUUUUCUUCUUUUUUUAAACUUCAUCCAGUUUAAGAUGUCACAUCAUACAAAACUAAAUGUACCACUAGCUUCUUCACAAAGGAAGAAAUUACAUCAUUAUAGUCUCACUGCAUGUAUUCAUAGGUAUAUUCAUAGAUAUAUGAGACACAUCCUUAUUAAAUGCAAGUAUGCUUUGCAUGAUAUCUCCAAAAAUAUUUUUUUUUUUUGAUGGGUUUCUAGUUUUAAAAUGUGAUUUUUAGUUUUAAUCUAACAAUUAGUUUUUGCAAUUAUUGGCAAGAAAGAAAUAUACUUGUAAUAUCUAAUUCAUAAUAAAAUUUUGUAUGAAUUAUUAAUUUGAAUACAUCUUAUUAUGGCCACCAUUAAUAUUUUAUAUAACAGUGAGUGAAGAAGAUUUUAGAUGACACUAUUCUCUUGUGAAGGUGUAUUUUUCAAAAAUUGAGACUUUUAAAUGUAACUUUUUACUUGUUAACUGUUGCUCAUAGACAAAUUAAUAAUCAUAAGGGGAAACAAAUCAUUGAAACCAUAAUAGUAUUUGCAUUUUGCAGGUACAUGUGAACUAUAUUUUUCUGUUGAAAAUCUACAGAACACUAGGAAAGGCAUUUUCACAUAUCAUGUACAUUGUAUUUUGAAUGAUGAAGGUGAAGAAGCAAGACUUGUACGUUUCUUGUAAGUAGACGUACAAUUCACCAUACCUUGUACAUACAAUGUAGAUCAUUAUCAAUGUACAAAGCUAUCUCACCAUAUUUUCUGUAGUCGAAUGAUGAAUAGUAAGAAAUACAUCUAAGUGCACCAUCAUGAUUAUGUAGCACUAUGGUUCAUACAAAUAUUUGUAGAAAUUACAUGUAGGGGAAAUCAUCAACAAUUAUCUAGCCGACCUCUUUGUAACUAUCUGUGUCUACUCUGGAGUUUGGUAUAAGAGUACCAGUAGUGAACCUCUGCUCUUUGCAUUAGUGCAUUUUGGUCAUCACUGGCUCUUGUGCCCAUUCAUAUUUGGUUUGGGUUACCCGUUGCUGGUUGGCCGUUUGCAAGAUUCAUAGUGUAGCUCCAUGCUUGUACAAAUCAAAGAACGUCUAUGUGUUUAUCGUGUAUGAAAAGGAUGUGUGUUCAAGUUUAUGUAACAGUUGUUAUUGUGUCAAUGUAUCUAUAGGCACUCAAUCGGACAGUAUUUUGUGUGGUGAUCAAUGCCAUUAAAUGGAAGAAAGUAAAAGUAAGGUA